CGGCGCGGGGCGGGGGCGGGGCGGGGGCGCAGUGACGUCACUUCCCGGCCGGCCCCCUCGGCCCGCGGCGGGAAGGCGGUUGCAGAGUCGCCGGCGCCGGCCGAGCAUCGCGGACACGCGGCUCCUGCAGAGCUAAAGGGGAAAGAGCUUGCUGUUGGUACAGUUUGUGGAUUGCAAUGAUGCUGGCUACCAGGAUAUCCCGGCCUCUGUCACUUUUAUCUGUGAAAACUCUGAAUUUCAGGGACAUUGGAAAUGGUCUCAGGCCUGCGCAAGGAUUUUCCUUUCCUUUCUUGACUCCAAGUGGCAGACGUUCUUAUGCAAGUGAAAUAGAUCAGAUUGGUAGCAAAGCUGUGCUCAUUACUGGCUGUGACUCAGGAUUUGGGUUCUCUUUAGCCAAACACCUGCACUCCAAAGGCUUCAUUGUCUUUGCUGGCUGCCUGUUUAAGGACCAAGGAAAAGCAGGUUCUCAAGAACUGGACAAUAUGAAGAGUGAGCGAAUGAGAACUAUCCAGCUCAAUGUCUGCAACAGUCAAGAGAUUGACCGAGCGGUGGAGCGUAUGGGUGCCAGUUUGAAGGACCCCCAGAAAGGGCUUUGGGGGCUUGUUAACAAUGCUGGGAUCUCCACGUUUGGAGAAGUAGAGUUCACCAGCAUGGAGACGUACAAGGAGGUAGCUGAAGUGAAUCUGUGGGGGACGAUCCGAACCACCAAGGCUUUCCUCCCUCUAAUCCGGAGGGCCAAAGGUCGUGUGGUGAAUAUCAGCAGCAUGAUGGGUCGGAUGGGCAGCCCUGCUCGAUCGUACUGCAUCACUAAGUUUGGGGUGGAAGCCUUCUCCGAUUGCCUGCGGUACGAGAUGCACCCCCAAGGAGUGAAGAUCUGUGUGGUGGAACCUGGGAACUUCAUAGGGGCCACCAAUCUGUACACCCCUGAGCGAAUUAAAGCCAUAGCAGAGAAAAUGUGGAAGGAGCUUCCAGAAACUGUGCGCAAAGACUACGGUAGGAAGUACUUGGAUGAGCAAAUCACCAAGAUGGAGAGUUACUGCAACAGUGGCUCACCAGACACCUCGCCAGUCAUCAACAGCAUCACCCAUGCACUGACGUCGUUCCCCUACACCCGCUACCACCCCAUGGAUUACUACUGGUGGCUGCGCGUGCAAAUCAUGACGCACUUGCCUGCUGCUUUUUCAGAUCGGAUCUACAUUUACUGAGGCAUCUCGUCGCUAGGCUGCCACGGUGGGAGGUUAAUUUCAAAGGGCAUGUUGUACAAAUUUCCCAUUAGUCACUUUUGUAUCUUUUUAGCUGAUUUCAAGGUACCAUAAUUUAGAUCUAAAAGGUUAAUUUAAACAUUUGAAUGUAAUUUAAAAGGCAGUAAUUGUUGCAUGGGACCUUUCGUAGGCAGGAAUAUGUUUAUGUAUAUUGUAGGGACCCAGCUCUGUACUAUUUAUUUCAAAUAUUCCUUUUUUUUUCCAAAAUCAGAUGCCAAGUUACACUCCUCAUUGAAUUUACAAUUGCUCUGAAGGGAUUUUCAGUCUAGUUUCCGCUGACCAAGUUACACCAGCUUUGACAAUUCCUGCCUCGGAGGAAUUGCACUAGUGUUGACGUAAUGUAGUGCAGCAGCAGCACUGACCCAUUUCCGUAUAUGAGAACCAGUUCCUGUAUUUUGCAGGAUCAUUCAGAACCAACAGUUACAUUCACCUUGACGAUGAAUGUCAUUUUUUCACUGGGGACCUCAGAGUUACAUCACCUUCUUACCACAGAUUGAACAGUGCCUUGCACAAUGGGGCUCUGAUCUGAUUGGGUCUUCUAGGCCUACGCAAUACAAACCGUACAUAAUAAGAGUAAUAAUUACACUGCGGAGUUAUGGGAGCUGAAACAUUUGUCUAGCUAAGUAGUUUGGAUAUGAUCUUUAGUAGAAAAUCAAUAAAAAAAGGAAUAAACUUCUAAGGGCAGUUUAAUAUCCAUGAUGUUUAUUAUGUUUACUGACUGAGAACAUAAGGCUACGAUUUUGUCAUAGAGGUCACAGUGAUCACAGAAAUCAUGGAAUUUGAAUAAGUCCAUGAAUAUUGGAAAUGGCUGUAAAAACCACAUUUUACUAGGCCUCCAACCUGAGUGACGUUGCAACCUAAUCCAUGGUGUGACACUCAGGUUUGGCCCAUUGAUCCCUCUGUAUCCCUCUACAAAAGUGCAGAAGGGCCAUACCUGAAUGGCACUGAGACCUCGUGUGUCAGGUCACAAGGCUGGGAGUAGGGAGCCAAGGCUUGCUGCGCAGGACAGGAGCCACUGUUGUGGGGUGGGCUCGAUCUCCCACCCCCUCCUCUUCUGUGACUUAUACAUUUUCCCCCACAUCUCUGCCAUGAAUUACUAAAAAAAUUGCCAACAUCGCAGCCUUACUUAGAAACAUUAUUUUGUACUGUAAAAAAAAAAACAGACAAAAUACAUCCAUAAAAAUCAACACCAGCAACAAAAAAAGCCUUUCUCAGAGGAGUGCUGAGUGUUACAUUUUUGAAGUGUGGGAGGUGAGCAAAAUGUAACUGCGAGUUAAUUUUCUUAGAGAAAAUUGGAGAGAGAGGAUUUGUUGCACUGUUGUAAGUACUGUAGCAAGUAGAAAGAGGAAGUGAUCAAAAUAUCCUUUGUCUUGAUUAACAUUAAACUAAUGGUGAUAAAG